AUGGAAUUGAAAGAGGAAGAAAAUAUAGUGACAUUACUUGCAGUAAGAAAGGCAUAUAACUAUUUUCUUCCAAGAUUAAAUAAUGUAAAAGAGAUGCAAAUAUUAAAUAACAAAGCAGAGCCUGAGCAAGAGGAAAGUGUAAAGGAAUUAGACCACACAAGUUCAGAGGUUAGGAAGAAAACUUAUGAUAAGAAAAGGCUUAGUUUUGUUAGAUUUCUAAAACUUGAUAGAGUAGAACCCCAUUGUGAUUGUGAAAAAGAUGAUCAAGGAAGAUGUACAAGAAUGCAGAAUUGGUUAGAAGUUUCAAAAUCUAAUGAAUUGGGGUUGAAAAAGAUUUAUAGAGAAUUAAUCAAUAUAGUCGAAUAUAUUGUUAGAAUGGAAGGAGACGACAUAAUAGAAAUAGACUUGACAGAUGAUGGUGUAGUUAACAGAAUAUUUACUAAUAGAGUAAUGAAUAGUAUAUAUAUGGAUGUAUGUAGGACAUACCCAUCAAUUCCAUAUUUUAAAUUGGAAGGUAAAAGUUAUUUGAGUAAAAUUUUAUUAAUAUAUUCAUUAAUGGACAUAGAUGUUGGAUAUGUGCAAGGUAUGAAUUUUUUAGUAGGAUGUAUACUUUGGCAUUCUAGUAGUGAGGAACAAGCAUUUGAGUUAUUAGUUUCUUUAAUGUUUAACUAUGGUAUGAGAGAUAUGUUUGUAUCAGGGUUACCAGGAUUAAGGGUAAAAUGUCGAAUAUUGGACCAAUUAAUGGAAAAAGAAUUAUACUUAAUAUGGGAUCAUAUUAUUAAACAGGGAGGUACUAUAGAUAUGUUAGCUACUGAUUGGUUUUUAACUCUUUUUUCAUAUAGUAUACCUCUGAAUAUAAUAGGAAAAUUUUGGGAUGAUUUCUUUCAACAAGGAUGGGUUCCUUUAUAUAAACUUAUAUUAUAUAGACUUCAGAGAAUUGAAUCAAAUAUACUUCAUUCUAAUGAUAUUGCAGAUAUUAUGAAUGCAAUCAAAUACUCAACUCCAACAACUAAGAAUGGGAUAUUUGGUAAUGCAUUUUUGAAUUUUAAAGAUGAAUUAGGAAAAAGUAAUGUUGUUAGAUUCUUUAAUCACUUUAAUUCUUUAUUUUCUAACAAUACAAUUAGUAGUAAUGAUCAAACUGGUCAUGAAUUUGGAUUUUCAAAUUCAGAUAUAAUACAAAAUUCUGAAAAUAAUGGUUCUAAUACUGAAACUAAUGUAAACUCAAGUAGUCUAACAAAUGACCCCAAUAUAAUUUCUUUACCAUAUGUUUGGAGUGAGCUAAUUACAGAAUCUCAGUACGAAAUAGAUCUGGAUGUUGACUAUAUUCAGGAAAUGGAACUUAAAUAUUCAUCCGGUCCUGAUAAAUGUCUUGAAUUCUUCAAAAAUAACAACUACAAAGCUCAAGCUACUCAUACUAACUCUGGUGAAUUGAAUAUGCAAAGUUUUGAGUACUUUUUAGACGAUGAUGAAAUCAAGGAAAAAGAGGAACAAGACGAAGAACAGCCUAUCUCAAAUAAUACUAUUUCAGAUUCUCAAAGAGAUAACUUUAAAAGUACUAAUUUAUUGAAUUCGUCCAAAAACUCUUCUGAGUCUGAACAAGAUCAAGUUUCUCAAAGUUUGGAAACUAAUUGUACCCAGGAAACUGAUAUCAAAGAUCAAAUUAUUAGUAGAUACAGAGAAUACUACAGAGGGAUAAUGGAAAGUAUUUUUCAACAAAGCGAUCAAAGUUAUCAGCCAAAAUACUCUACUCCUGCUACUAAUCAUACUAAAACCAUUAGUCAUCCUGAUAACAACACCAAUCAUGUUGAUAAAAGCACUAAACAGUCAAUAAGCAAAAGCAUAUAUGAAGUUAAGGACAAACUGGAGUCAUCUUUGGAAAGACUUUUGAGUAUUACAGAAAUACUUCUAAUCAAGAAUAUUAACAAGCAACAUCUGAAGGAAUUAAGCAUUAAAUGCAAAGAGAUUCAAAAAAAUAAGUUUGGUCCUUGGUCUUAUCAUCAAUAA